AUGGUGUUGUGUGUGUUUGCAUGUUUGGCUAAUAAGAUUUAUGAGGGGCAUCACGGCCAUCCACUCCACCUAUCCAAAACCGCGCCGGCGAUGGCCAUAAUCAACGAUCUUCACCACCCAAUACAUCAGCAAACCGAUCUCGAGCCAUCAUCACGCUCUGUAGUAAGACAAGCUUUUGCUCUACUUGUCGUCUACCUCUCCUUAGGCGUCUUUAUCUACUGGCUGAACCGUGAUCACUACGUAGUGAAUCAAACCCAUCCCGUCGUCGAUGGGUUAUACUUUUGCAUCGUUACAAUGUGCACGAUCGGCUACGGAGACAUCACACCAAACAGUGUUGUUACUAAGCUCUUCUCGAUCAUGUUUGUUCUCGUUGGGUUUGGUUUUAUCGAUGUUUUGCUUAGCGGGAUGGUCUCUUACGUUCUUGACCUUCAAGAGAGCUACAUGUUAGACUCUGCCAAGCGGAGGGAGGAGCCUGAUAAGAGAAGAUCGUAUAUUAUCGAUGUGAAGAAGGGAAGGAUGAGGAUUAGGUUGAAAGUGGGGUUAGCGUUAGGUGUUGUGGUUUUUUGCAUUGCUCUUGGUGUUGGGAUUAUGCAUUUUAUUGAGAAGAUUGAUUGGUUGGAUUCGUUUUAUCUCUCCGUUAUGUCGGUUACUACUGUUGGGUAUGGAGACAGGGCGUUUAUGACGUUGCCUGGUAGGCUUUUCGCUGCGGUAUGGCUGCUUGUGUCUACGUUAGCCGUGGCUCGGGCUUUCUUUUACUUGGCUGAGGCGAGAGUUGAUAAGAGGAAUAGGGAGAGGGCUAAGAGAGUGCUGUGUGAGACAAUGUCUGUCUCUCAGUUCUUUGCUGCUGAUAUUGAUAACAAUGGUUGUGUCAGUAAAGCAGAGUAUGUGAUUUACAAACUCAAGGAGAUGGAGAAAAUAACAGAUAAAGACAUAACACCGAUCUCAAAACAGUUUGACAAACUCGACAGGUUCAGCAAUGGAAAGUUUACUCUUGUAGAUCUCGUGGAUAGUAGCAGUGGCGAUUGA